UUGCAACUCCAAUGUUACAUGUGCCACAUGCUAAGGAAAGGAAUGUCUUUGUGAAGAGAGUUAAAAAUCCUAAGAAGAGUGAAAGGAGGAGGAAGAGGAGGAGUGAAGAUACGCAGUGGGAGGGCACUUAUCCAAGACUGCAGCGUGGCUCUGUGUAGAAAUGAAAGAACCUCUCUCACACUUUUUUUGCUGUCUCUCUCUGUGCAUGGCUUUGACCCACUGCAGCAAGGGAGCACAUCCAGAGCAAACACAGGGAAAGUCUCAAGUUGGCCUGCUUGGUCUGAUGUAAAUAUUUUUCCUGAAGUCGUGGAUGAAGGUGAAACUCUACCUUUAAAGGUGCUUUUACUGUAUGGACAGAACCAAAAAGACUUCAGGAUAAUAAUAAUCCACUGGAUGGAAGUCAAAACAGGUGUGAUGCUGGGCUAGUGUGUGAUACACUCUCAUGCUUCUAGAGAUCAGCAGUGUUUUAGCCUGCUGGAGACUGGUGAUUUUUCAUAGAAAGGCUGCAUUGGUUGUUUUUCUUUUAUUCUGGGAAGAGAACAGCCUAUCCUGAACAGAGGAACAGCAUGACCCGGCAUCAUAGUGAUCUUGUCCAUCAGAAGAUCUUGCAGCAUGCAAUAUUCCCUAAACUACUUCCCUUCAUUCUGUUGUUGCUCCCUCAGGCCUGGAAGGGUCACUGUCACCCCCAGUGCUUGGAUUACAAACCUCCAUUUGAGCCUCAGCAGCAACUGGUCUUUUGCAAAGAUUAUACCAAAUUUGGAUGCUGUGAUCUGCAGAACGAUGAGGAGAUAUCAAGAAAGUUCCAUUCAAUUAUGAAAAACUUUGACAGUUUGGGUUCCAAAACAUGUGGUGAAUACAUACGCAGCAUCCUUUGCCAGGAAUGUUCUCCAUAUGCUGCCCACCUAUAUGAUGCUGAGGAUGCCAACACACCAAUGAGGGUUCUUCCUGGACUAUGUGGAGAUUACUGCUCAAGCUAUUGGCUGCAGUGCCGGUAUACCCUGAGCCUGCUCCUGGAGGACAUGGGGAACCCACAACAGUUUGCCAACUGGACAGCCUCAAUAGAAGAGGACCGAAAUAGGUUCUGUGACUUUCUGGAACUUAAGGACAAACAGUAUUGCUACCCAAAUGUUUUAACAGAUGCUGAACUAAAUGCAAACCUUGGCUUAGUACGCGAGGAUCCUAAAGGCUGUCUGGAGGUCUGCCUGCAGGAAGUUGCCAAUGGUCUCCGUAACCCUGUGGCAAUGAUCCACGCAAAUGAUGGAAGCCAUCGCUUCUUUGUAGCAGAGCAGCUGGGCUACGUCUGGGUGUAUUUGGCUAAUGGCUCCAGGAUUGACCGUCCUUUUCUCAACCUCACCCAGGCUGUGCUCACAUCUCCAUGGGCUGGAGAUGAAAGGGGAUUCCUCUGCAUAGCCUUGCAUCCAAGGUUCACCACAGUCAGAAAAGCCUACGUCUACUACUCAGUGUCUGUCAAGAAGGAGGAGAGAAUAAGAAUCAGCGAGUUUACCCUCUCAGCACAUGAUGAUAACCAGCUAGACCAUUCCUCAGAAAGAACUAUCCUGGAGGUUGUGGAGCCAGCAUCAAACCACAAUGGUGGACAGCUGCUUUUUGGCCAUGAUGGAUAUCUCUACAUCUUUACUGGAGAUGGUGGGCGAGCUGGGGACCCAUUUGGAAAGUUUGGCAAUUCACAAAACAAAUCAGCGCUUCUUGGCAAAGUGCUGCGCAUUGAUGUUGACAACAAUGAUGAAGGUGUUUCCUACAGCAUUCCCUCUGACAAUCCUUUUGUAGGGGAACAGGGAGCAAAGCCUGAGAUUUAUGCCUAUGGAGUUCGCAACAUGUGGCGAUGCUCCAUUGACCGUGGCGACCCUGUUACAGGCGCAGGCAGAGGCAGGAUGUUUUGUGGUGAUGUUGGCCAGAACAAAUAUGAAGAGAUAGACCUCAUUGUUAAAGGAGGAAACUAUGGUUGGAGGGCCAAAGAAGGAUUUAGCUGCUAUGAUCGCAAACUUUGUCAAAACUCAUCUCUUGAUGACAUUUUGCCAAUCUUUGACUACCCCCAUAAACUGGGGAAAUCCGUGACAGGUGGAUACAUCUACAGAGGUUGUGAGAUGCCUAACCUAAAUGGACUUUACAUAUUUGGGGAUUUCAUGAGCGGGCGUCUAAUGUCUUUAAAGGAGAAUGAGGCUACCGGUGAAUGGCAGUAUAAUGAGAUCUGCAUGGGAAGAGACCAGACCUGCAAAUUUCCCAAACUCAUCAACAGUUAUUAUAGAUACAUCAUCUCCUUUGCUGAAGAUGAAGCAGGAGAGCUGUAUUUCUUAUCCACAGGAGUCCCGAGUGCCACAGCAAGAUCAGGUGUCAUCUAUAAAAUAGUGGAUCCUUCCAGACGAGCACCACCAGGAAAAUGCCGCAUCAAGCCUCUGCCUGUUAAGAUAAAGGGAAAACUUAUUAAUUUCCAUCCUAAAGAGGAGUUUGUAAUCAACAAGAAACCUACCACAACACCUGUUCCAACCACAACCACUCCAAAGACUACAAUUCCAAAAAAAAAGACGAUUCGAGGACCAUUUAUUAUAAGAAAACCUCCAAUGCCAACAAGACAGACGACAAGAAAAGUAGUACGACCCCAGCCAACGACAGAAGGAGAGAAGAUGAGAAAAACGACACAACCUACACUAAAAAAACCAACAUCAGCCACAAGAGUGAAACCAACUGCUGUUCAGAGGGGCACGGCAAUUCUCGUCACAACUCCGUCCACUGGUUAUCGUGCAACCAUCAUGACUCCAGUCCACUCUAGGAUUUCUCAAACAUCAAUCAACUCGACAAAAAGUAACUGGAGACCUCCUCCAUUCCUCAGUACCACUUCCUCACCUCUAAACUCCCCAGCAAAGUUCCCCUGUUCAACUCCAUUUUUUACUAUGAAAAGGCCUCAGAGUGCUUUGUCGACAACAGCUUGGACACCUUACACAAGCCCAAAACCCAGCAAGCCCCAUAAGACACUAGUCAGCACUGUAUUACCGAAAGUCCCGGAUGAGAUAUUGUGGACUGAAGAGAAGCAGCAAAAUGCUGGAGAGAGCAACCAAGUCAACAAGCGGCCAAGAGGUAGAGGACGUGGUCGCAAAAGAGGAAGAGGGGGAAAAAGGCUUCCUUCUGGUUCUGUGCGGCUUGUGAGUGCCGAUGGUUUGUCAGAUCGAGGAAGGGUGGAGAUCUUCAUAAGAGGAGAAUGGGGAACGGUGUGCGAUGACUUGUUUACAAAGAGGGCGGGUACCGUUGUGUGUCGUCAGCUCGGUUUCAUGACUGCCUUGGCAGUGAUGAAGAGGGCAGCUUUGGGUGAGGCGAGCAGCAAUGUUAGGAUUAUGUUGGAUGAUGUGGAGUGUGAGGGUGGGGAACAAUCCCUGCUAGAAUGCAAGAGGUCAAAGGUGGGGAAACACAACUGUUCUCAUGAGGAAGAUGUAGGAGUGAUCUGUGGUUAGCAAAUGUUAGGAAGUAAGAGACAAUUGGAAUGAGGUUAUGUCAGACACACAAACUUUUACCCUUAGAUUUCUGGGAAGUUAAUGGCUGUUUUAGUGUCUACAAAACUAAGGCUGUGUUUGAAUGUCUGCCCUAAUCAUUAUAUAGGCCGCUAUAUAGUGGUUAUACCAUUUUAGAUCAAUGUCCGAAUGUCUAGUGGAUGAAAAAGAAGUAGACUUGUAUUUGAAAAGUAGUGAUCAUCCAUGGUCACUACUGUAGAUGAGCAGAUUUAACCCAGAGUGCUUCACAUGAGUGCUCUUCUGUCGCUAUCCGACAAAUAACAAUGAUGGCACCAUGCGGGUAGGUGGAGUCAUGUGAACAACGAGGAGCGAAAAAUAAUGAUCAUCUGUCCGAACAGUACGUUAGCUUAUUCACUAUGAAGUCCACCAUAUGGUCCCCGCUCUGUAUGGUGAUUUAGGCAUUUAGGGGUUAGGGCAGAUGUUGAGACACAGCCAAGGAUUGACCCCAUGUUUAAGAGGGUUUCCCUAUAGACAA